UUCUGGGAACGUAAACAAAAAUCAGCUGUUACUUCGCCGGAGCCCGAGAACGGCAGAAUGGAAGUGAAGAGUUUAUUAUAUUGGAGAUAACCAAAGUGACAUGCUUAGUUAUCUAAUUGAACUCCUGUCUGGAAUAUGGCAGUCCAUUAUGGCCUUAUUUGGAUUUGGUUCGUCGCAGGCUGCGGUGUCAAAUGAGCUGGAGGUUUACGUCAGAACAAACACAGGGGAGAAGGUGAGUGUAAGGCUCGACCAGUCAUGGAGUAUACAGAUCAAGACUACCCUGGCCCCCAAACUUCAGAGUCCAGCUGACAACCUAAGAAUUAUAUUUGCUGGUAAGGAAUUGCCAGAUGACAUGGUAAUGCGUCAGUGUGACUUAGGCAAUCACAGCAUACUUCGCUAUCUAUGCCUUUCUUUACCUCAAAUUUUAUGCAUCACCACCCUUCCAGAAGAUCCUUGUCUCAUGCCAGGGCCCUCGACAUCUAAUAGGUCUUGUGGAAGGCUGCUCUGUGAUGCUUCAACCGUUAUAACAAUACAAAUGACAGAGGCAGAGCAGAAGAGUAUUCGGGAUCUUAAAAGUUAUGACGGGAUGGGAGAGCGACCUCACUUCUACGUCUAUUGUGUAGUGCCAUGCAAUUCAGUACAAGUAGGAAAGUUACGUGUGAGAUGUGCGUCCUGCAAGCAAGGAGCUCUGACACUUCAUCGUGAUCCGUGCAACUGGGAGGAUGUUCUCCAGCCUGGGAAGAUAAAUGCAACAUGUGAGACACCAGAUUGCAGUGGCACCCAGGCAGAAUUCUUCUUCAAAUGCCGAGGUCACGAAACAAGUGGUGAAGAUGAUACUUCAGUAGCUCUCUACUUGGUCCGAGCAAACCUUCCUGCUGUGCCUUGCUUGGCUUGUACAGAUGUGUCAUCGCCUGUUGUGGUGUUUGAAUGCGCAGAUGCUCACGUUAUGUGCCUCGAUUGCUUUGUCACUUAUUGUGUGUCAAGAUUAAAUGAAAGGCAGUUCAUACAAGAAUGAAGACUAGGUUAUACUCUGUCAUGUCCAAUAGGUUGCCAGGACUCUCUCAUCCGUGAAGUACAUCAUUUCAAGCUAAUGGGUGAUAACAAUUAUGAACGGUACCAGCGCUGGGGAACAGAGGAAGCUGUCUUAGCUGCUGGAGGUGUCUUAUGUCCAUACCCUGGCUGUGGUCAAGGUAUCAUUCCAGACCAAGAUUGCCGUAGAGUAGCCUGCCUUAAUGGCUGUGGAUAUGUAUUUUGUCGACUUUGUCUCCAAGGUUAUCACAUAGGAGAGUGUAAUCCUGAAGAUGGAAAUGGCCCCAAUGUUAUAGGUAACUCAGGUAGUUUUGCUGUUGAUCCUUCACGUGCUGCUGGCUCUCGAUAUGAGGCAACAUCGCUUGCCAUACGUGUUACAACAAAGCCAUGCCCCAAGUGUCGUACCCCUACUGAACGGGAUGGUGGCUGCAUGCACAUGGUCUGCACUCGAGCGUCUUGUGGUUUCCACUGGUGUUGGGUUUGCCAGACAGAAUGGACCCGAGAGUGCAUGGCAGCUCAUUGGUUUGGAUAAAUAGCUACUAAAUUCUUUACAGUCAAUAAAAAAAACACCUUGGAAAUAGUUUCAUCAGCUGUAUAGAUAUUAUUUUGCAGAAAUUAACUGUAUAUUGUGUGAAACAUAUCAGGUAAUAUAUCGUUUUCAUUGUUUUCAAAGUUGUUACAUAGAAGUAUUGAAGAAUAUGAUAGUGCACAGGCAAGAAUAGAAGGUCAGUAUCUGUCAUGAGUGCAAUCAUUAAUGUAAGCAGAGAUAAGUGAGUUGAUACAUGCACAUUAAAAUAUUU